CAUUUCCAUGGAUAUACAAGAUCAUUACGAGAACAUAUUCCCUGUUAUCUCUUCUGCAUUCUGUGACUGCGAGAGAGAUGGAGAGUAUUCACUCCAACGCAUCGCGCAGCAGCAUCACUUGAUCGCGCAGCUCCUCUCGGAUGAUGUGGUACGCCGGCGUGGCCAUCGCCUCCGUUUACGGGGCCAUCAGCGUUUUGGGGCUCAUUGGCAACAUCACGCUCAUCAGGACGUUUUGCUCGGCCAAAUCUAUCCGCAAUGUUCCCAAUCUGUUCAUGUCGAGCCUUGCGCUGGGGGACGUUUUGCUGCUGGUGACAUGCGCUCCGGUGGACGCCAGCCGCUACCUUUCAGACGAGUGGCUGUUCGGGAGAGUGGGCUGUAAGGUCAUCCCCUUCAUUCAGCUCACCUCUGUUGGGGUGUCCGUGUUCACCCUCACGGCCCUCUCUGCCGACAGGUACAGGGCCAUCGUGAAACCCCUUGAUCUUCAAAAAUCGACCACCACAGCCAGCAUUGUCCUGCGAGCGGCGUUCAUCUGGGUCUUCUCCCUCAUCUUGGCAAUCCCCGAGGCUGUGUACUCGGACCUCCACGCCUUCAACGUGACCUCUACAAACGAGAGCUUUGUCACUUGCGCCCCCUACCCCCACGCUGGGAAACUGCACCCUCAGGUCCACUCUAUGGCCUCCUUCCUCAUUUUCUACGUCAUCCCCUUGUUGGUGAUUAGCAUGUACUACACCUUCAUCGCCCACAGCCUUUUCAAGAGUGCGUCCAACCUUCCAAUGGAGGGGAACGUCCAUGCAAGACGACAGGUUGAAUCCAGAAAGCGCUUGGCCAAGACGGUUCUGGUGUUUGUUGGUCUCUUUGCAGUGUGCUGGCUGCCCAGUCACGUCAUCUACUUAUACCGCUCCUAUCACUACUCCCAGGUGGACACGUCUCUGGGUCACUUUGUGUUCAGCGUUGUUGCUCGGAUUCUGGCCUUCACUAACUCCUGCAUGAACCCGUUUGCCCUUUACCUGCUGAGUAAAAGCUUCAAGAAGCAGUUCAACCAGCAGCUGUGCUGCUGCUGUCAUGUCAUGUUCAAACACUCCCCACAGAGCCCAACACAUUAUAACACACGCAUGACUUCAGUCCACAGCACACAUCACUCUGUGGCAAGCCUGACAAUGAUCAAUGGCAGGCAGCUGUGCCAGGAGGACUAUGUGUAAAAGUGUUUGUGAGAGAGAGAUGUCAAUUUGGGAUCUUUUUCUCCACAUGAAAAGCUAAACGCGUGUAGAAAAUCUAGACGUUAAACAGGGAGUUCUGUGGUGAAGUCUUUGUGUAAAAUGUUCGGUGUAGACUUGAGAUUGUCCUUGUGAAAUAACGUCAGUGCUGUUUACAUUUUUUCGGAUUUUUUUAUUUUUACACUUUUAAAGUUUCUAGGCUGCAUUUCUGCAUUUGAGAAGAUGACCCACAAUCUCUUCAUCUUAAGAUGUUGUGUACAGUUUUGCAAAUUAUGUGGUUAAUGAUCAAUUUGUGCUUGUAUAUAUCUAUUUACCAGUUUGUUUUUAAUGAAUCUUCUUAUGGUCUAUUCCUAAAAUAACAUAAAACGUAAGCAAAAGAAAGGAAACAAAAGAAUAGGCAUCAGUUGGAAGCAGUCUCUGUAUUUUGAUGGACAAGGCAUUGAAGAAAGUCUCAACCUCUAAAAAAACGGAAAAAGAAAUUAAGUCCAAAUUAAGCCAUCUAGGAACACAUUAAAACUUACAUAAUUUCCAAAAUAUUUCUAAAAUAAUUCAUCAUUAGUUAGUUUUAAAUGGUGGUUAGUGUUUUAAAUUUUUGUAAUAUUUAGGUAAAGUUUCCGCAGUGUUUUUUGAUCAACGUCAUUCAACAGGUUCUGAGUUACUUCAAAUCCAAAUUUUCUCUGGCGUGAGCCAAACCGGGAAACAAUCCACAAAAACCAUCCAGGGAGCUGGGCCAGAUCUCCCUGACACAGAAAGGCAGAUUGGUUCAGACAUCUGUUUGGUUGGAGACCCGGUCCGUUUCACAAAGAGUUGAUCCGACAAGUUCAGGACCGCAGUUCAGCUUCUUUAUUCUCCUGCUGUGGAGGUUCUGAUGAGCUAAGAUGCUAACAUUAACACUGAAGAACUCAUUGCUUUUCUUCUCUUAAUUUUGUUUCUUCAAAAUAUCAUUAGAUAUUACAACUUCAUGGUUAGAUUCUGGAAAAUCUUCCUUUAAACUCCUGAGAGAGACAAAAAAAAACAACUUUUGUUUAAAGUUAAACCUUUAGUUGGCAUAGAUAAUAUCUGUAACUUAUUUUUUUUUAUUCCUAUUUUUGGCAGGAUAAAAAUUGUGGAGUAUGUUAUUUAUAUUCUGUUAAUUACAUCAGUAGGAAAUAGAUGUUGAUGUGAUGAUAAUGAAUGCAUUUGUUGACUAUGUGCAGUUCAUUUGUUUAAUGAAAUACACCUUUAUUUCGACAUUAAGUCCAGAGCCUCCUCUCUUAUUUUAAAUUAGGUGAAAAAUUCAUAAUCCAAAGAAUGAUUAGGAGAUUGACUGAGACUGAAAUCAGAUUAUGUAAAUAAAGUCGUACACCCUUGUUUAUCAAACCAUACACAUAAAAAUGUGCAGAUGCGAAACAUGUGGUGACUGCAACAUAAUUAAUUCAAUGUUUCUAAGAAAGAAAAGCUCAAGCUCAAUCUUGUGUGAGUGUGUAAUUCAGUCAGUUCAGUAUUUGUACAGAUUGAGUAUUUGGCCAAUGUAUUUGAAGACUAAAAUGUUAAUUAUAUAUGUAUAUAUAGUAUUCAGGCAUUUUUAUUGCAACCAUUGUGAAAAAAAAGUAAUGGCACUUUUGGCUUUGAUAUGUUCUUGAUUAUUUAUUUUUAUAUUUUAAAACAGGAUGUUUUAUGGACAGCAUUUUUGAGUAAAGA